ACGUAUCCACGAAAGUACUGGCAGUGAUUUCUUCCACUACCGUCUUCCACAUAAGUCAAUUUAUGUUGUUCACUCCUGAGCGAAAUGGAUUUAAACAAUCUUAGACGCGCAUCAUCUGCAGGCUACCGGUUACCGGAGCCCGCUGGUAAACCGGUAACAAUUAAGCAACAGGCACCUCAUGCGGCUAAAAGUGUUCAAAACACAAGAGACACAAUGUCCACAAGGCGGGAUGCAGAAAAGAAGGAUGCGGUCAAACAAGACCAAGCGUGGAAAGAAAUGGUGUUUAGUGAAAGAAGAUCCGUUUUGGAAUGGGAGAAGAACUGGAGUUUCCUCAGGAAUUAUGAUCAGAUGGGAGAGCGGAAGCCAGAAGAGCCUUUACCCAACAAUGUGUCACUCUUCUCUGAUUGUGUCCCCAACACCACAAAUCAAAUAUUUGGUAGCAGAUUGUCGACCCCACUGGGGCGUGACCUGGUUCGACUGGACCGACUUUUCUUCUGGUCUGGAAGCCAUCACAAGUGCAAACAGGAUCCAGAGAUGAUGUCGUGCUAAUGCUGGAUCUGUCACUACUUAUACAUUCUUCUUGAUGCCUUGACAUUGCGUCAGUUAUGUUUGACUUUCCUUAGAACUGCUUGAUAAGCUUUAUUUGUAAUCAAUGUAAUACAUCACACAAGCUAUACUAUACAAGCAAACAUACAUUAUUUUGCAAAUGAUUGUUCCUUUUUUACAUUCUAUUUGGCUGUAAUGCGUAUGUCCUGUUGCUACAAUGCUGUGUAAUUGUCAAGGAUAAUGUUGCAUGUCAAUUAAAAUAUUUUAGCCUAAAAA